AGCUGAUUUCAGUCUUUUGCAUACCGAUUCAUUGUUUGCAGUUUGCGACUGUUAACAAAUAAACGACGUAUAAAUUUGGGGGGAAAUAUUUGACCUGUCGUUCAAAUCAACUAGCUGCAGACUACGAUGGAUUAAGGUAAAAUGGAUUGAAGUUUGGCAUCGCAUAGUUCUGAUCUGGUAACACAUCUCUAAGAGAGCCACCAACACCAAAGCUGAUACCUAAAAAUAUAUUACUAUGCCAUCAAGAAAGACUAAUCGAAUUCCUUCCACAAAUUCGUGCCAAUCUGACGAUAGCUGCGACGAGUAUAUCCCGACUCCUCCUGAUGGUGGCUAUGGAUGGGUUAUUGUCGCAUGUUCGUUCGUAUGCAAUGUCAUUGUGGAUGGUAUUGGAUACUCCUUUGGCGUUUUUCUGGUGGAAUUUGUAGACUUUUUUAAGGAGCCGAAAAGUAAGGUAUCUCUUGUUGGGUCCCUCUUGGUUGGGAUGUAUUUGUUUGCAGGACCAAUAGUUAGCGGAAUGGUAAACAGAUAUGGAUGUCGACCAGUAGCUGUUAUUGGUAGUCUGGUGUCCACUGGAGCUUUUGUUCUAUGUACAUUCUCGCCAAAUGUGGAAAUCUUAACUCUUACCUAUGGCGUUAUAGGCGGUUUUGGUUUUGGAAUGAUUUACUUACCGGCUAUUGUUAGUGUUGGAUAUUACUUUGAAACAAAACGAGCAAUGGCUACGGGUAUAGCUGUAUGUGGAUCAGGGGUAGGCACGUUCAUGUUUGCCCCUUUGUCAAAAGUUCUGUUGGAUGUCUAUGACUGGAAUAAUGCCAUAAUGAUAUUGGCGGGUAUUAUACUACAAGCGGCUAUAUGUGGCAUGCUUAUGCGACCUUUAGAAGUGACAUCAACACCGAAGCUUAAACGCCCAAGAGCCAAAAACAUGAUUGACAGAAUUAAAGAGCAAACAAAAUCCAAAAGAUUUAGAUCUGAAUCAGAAUGUAGUAAUUACAUUUACAGUCCCCAGCACACCAAUUUAAUCUUAGAGCGGGUGAUGGAAGCGAAGUUGCAACGAGAACAAAGACUAGAAGACGACGAAUCAGAGUUGGCGUCUCUACCAAGCACCAUUUUUGUCAAGGGAUGUGGACGUCAAAACAGUCGAGACGCUCGUAUUCAUAAACUCUCGAUGUCUUCAGACAGAGGGGAUAUUAGUAGCCUCCCAGAAAGUCCAAGCCUCCCAAAGAUAACUGUACAGGAUAAUGCUUUGCCAAAGCCAGACAGUGUUACACGGCUAUCUAUAGCCGCUGACUCAACAGUUGAGGGAACAGUUACCACAGAACAAUCUGAAUACUUUACCCCACCAACAUCCCCUCAAGACAUAAGCUCACCCAGUUCUCCAGAACACGACCACAGUCCUGUAGACCAGAACCCUCCUGUCAAUUCGAGACCGAGGAAUCAAAGGAAAAGUGACCCUGAGAUCCAAAUCGCCUCAGUCAAACCUAUUAAAUUUUCAAAUGGAAGUCUUCCUAAUAAUAUUCAUCAUAAGAUACAAGAAUGUUCACCCUUACUCAGUGCAUCAGAUCCCAAAAAUAUCAUGGUGAAAAUGCAACCAACAGGAGGAACAAAGAGUAUUGUUGUAAAAGACAAAAAAAGUACUUUACUUUCUCAGCGUAAUUUAAAUGUUCCAAAAGAAGAUUACAAACGUCCCUUAUACAAAAAAGAUAUAUUUUAUAGUGGAAGUGUUUUAAAUAUCCCGCAGUUUCGUUCUCAGGUAGACAUGCGUAGCUAUAUUCAGAGUAUUACUACCAUACCUACAGAGCAACAUAAUGAAUCUGUUUUCUGGAAGUUACUUCCUAUACCUAAAUCUGCCAAAGAUACAAUGCGAGAGAUGCUGGAUAUAUCAUUAUUGAAAGAUGCUGGCUUUAUGAUGUUGUGUCUUGGUAACGUGUUUGUAUUCAUGGGCUUCUAUGUACCUUUUGUAUUUUUAGUAGACAAAGCUCAACUGAGCGGAAUAGAAGAAAAUAAAGCUGCCUUUCUUGUAUCUGUAAUAGGUAUUACAAACUGUUUUGGUAGACUUUUAUCUGGGUGGUUAGCUGAUCGCCCCAAUGUUAGCAGUCUAUUGGUAAAUAAUGUGUCUAUACUUAUCACUGGUAUAACAACAGCUGCCUUCCCAUUUUGUAAUGAUUAUAUUACUCUCACUAUUGCUGCAUCAAUUUUUGGAUUAUCACUAGGUGCAUUCAUAUCCCUGUCCUCUAUCAUCAUUUGUGAUCUCCUUGGAAUAGAAAAACUCACCAAUGCUUUUGGAUUAAUGACAAUGUUUAGGGGUAUCGCAGCUAUUGCAGGCCCUCCUUUAGCAGGGUUUACGUAUGAUACAACUAAAAGUUAUGAUAUAUCCUUUUAUAUGGGUGGAGCUUUGGUAACAGUAGGGGCUAUAUUGCAUUUGCUUCUACAUACACCCUUUUUCAGAACUAGUGAACAAGAUGUGUUUGAGCAAACUAUCACUCCAUUCAAUGACCAGGGACCUCAACCAGAGACAUUAACAAUAGAAAAGGUUGAAACAUUUAAUGCUGUGUCAAAUAAUUGUCAAUAGAUUACAACGUCUUGUAGUGGGAGUUUUCUGUACAUAGUGCACACACAAGUAUUAGCAUCAUACAAUAUAACAUCAAUAAUUAACAUAUUGAAACAUUUUUACGCUCCUGUUUACCUCUCAGAUCUUUUAGAACUUUAUACACCUGGUUAACAUUACGUACAACAGGUAAACUCCUUUUAAAGCCCCAAACCGUUCAACUAAUCUCUUCUGGUCAGUUUUAGUUAUCAAGCACCUGUUUUGCGGAAUAAUCUACCAUUUAGUUUAAGAUGCUGUAUAUCUCAAUGUUCUUUUAAAACAGCUUAAAACACAUUUAUUUAAACAGACGUUUAACUGACUGUAUACUCAAGCUUGUUCUUUUAUGGGUGUAUUUUUAUAUGAUUUAUUUAAACAGGCGUUUAACUGAAUCUGUAUACUGAAUUUUGUUGUUUUAUGGGUUUUGUUAUAUGAUUACAUUGUCAUUUUGUAAAGUGCCCUGAACACGUUAUAUGAAAGGCUACACUAUAAAUAUGCUGUAAUAAUAAUAAUAAGAGACGAUUAACCUUAGUCCUUUUAACCUAUAGCUUCUGCCUGUCGUAGGUCAUCUGUUCGUCAUAGGUCAUCUGUCUGUCAUAGGUCAUCUGUUCGUCAUAGGUCAUCUGUCUGUCAUAGGUCAUCUGUUCGCCCGUCCUCAUGAUCGCUUCGUUUCCGGAGGUUAUAUCGUUAUGGAUAUAAUUGGAAAUUUUCUCGAAUUUAAUAAUUUUACGUUUCUAUGGACACAAAGUUGACUGUCCAUCCCUGUCAGGGGCGUGUCCAGGAAUUUGAGCAAAGAGGUUUGCUAGGCACGUCAAGUUUGGCGUUAGGUAUUAGAAUAUUUCUGCCCAUCUAAGUACAUCCAUGUAUAGGAUUAGAGUGAGGCCAACACAGCGGUAAAGCUUUUUUGUUCAGCAUUAUUUCGAUAAAUGCAGGAGGAAAAGAAUAUGCCCUCCGCAACCAACGGACCACUCCCCUCUGGACAACCGCCUGCUUGUACCUUCCAAAAGAUACACACGUAACUGGGCCUUCUUGGUACAUUUUGUAUUCCAGUCAACUUGAAGGAUUUGAACUAAUUAGGCAUUGGGUUUGGGACAAAAGCAUAGCCAAGAUAGUGGUUUGUCUGAAAGUAAAACUUGGAUGUUAACCGCAUUUGAUAUGGAUCCUUUUACCUUCAAGAAAUCUGACCUCUAUCUGUUCACAAGCUUUUCGGAUCUUUAUCAAAUUUGGUCAACAUUCAGGUUUUCCUUUCGAAAAACAUGUUGUCUAUGACUAUCUGAAGUGUGAGCUUAGCGUGGCCAUCUUUUUAACAUGCAACCAGUGCAGGAAUAAAUCAGGUGGUGACAACAUUAACUAUGAUAAAAAUUUAUGAAAUAUGUAAUAAACAAUACCCCAGUCAUAAAUUAAAUCAA